CACUCUGCAGACGGCUGGAAGAGCUGAUACGAACACCCUCACUGCAGGAACACAUGAUUUGUAGAUCAGAGCUCAGACUAGUUUCAUGUAUGAGGAAGUCAAACACAAACAGUCUGUAUGAGCGAGAGGCAAAAUGGCGCAGCAAAGAAAUCAGCCGAAUUCAGAGAAAAUCUCUUGUUCCAUCUGUCUGGAUCUCCUGAAGGAUCCGGUCACUACUUCCUGUGGACACAGCUACUGCAUGGACUGUAUUAAAACACACUGGGAUGGAGAGGACAGGAAGAGAAUCUACAGCUGCCCUCAGUGCAGGAAGACUUUCAAGCGGAGGCCCGAUCUGCAGAAAAACAUCCUGUUAGCAGAGUUAGUGGAGGAGCUGAAGAAGACUGGACUCCAAGCUGCUGCUGCUGCUGAUGAUGAUGAUGAUCACUGCUAUGCUGGACCUGGAGAUGUGGCAUGUGAUGUCUGCACUGGGUGGAAGAUGAAGGCUGUCAAGUCCUGUCUGGUCUGUUUGGCUUCUUAUUGUGAAAAUCACCUCCAACCUCACUAUGAUUCACCUCCAUUAAGGAAACACCAGCUGGUGGAGCCCUCCAAGAACCUCCAGGAGAACAUCUGCUCUCGUCAUGACAAGAUGAUGGAGAUUUUCUGUUGCACUGAUCAGCAGUUGACUUGUUUUCUCUGCACAAUGGAUGAACAUAAAGGCCACAAAAUAGUCCCAGCAGCAGUGGAAAGGACGAAGAAGCAGAAAGAGCUGGAGGUGAGUCGACUGAACAUCCAGCAGAGAAUCCAGGACAGACAGAAAGAUGUGAAGCUGCUUCAACAGGAGCUGAAGGAGAUCAAGGUCUCUGUUGAUAAAACAGUGGAAGACAGUGAGAAGAUGUUCACCGAGAUGAUCCAUCUCAUCAGGAAAAGAGGCCGAGAUGUGGAGCAGCAGAUCAAAUCCCAGCAGGAGGCCGAAGAGAGUCGAGUCAAAGAGCUUCAGGAGAAGCUGGAGCAGGAGAUCAGGGAUCUGGAGAGGAAAGACGCUGAGCUGAAGCAGCUCUCAGAUACACCAGAUCACAGCCAGUUUCUCCACAACUACCCCUCAGUGUCAGCACUCAGUGAGUCCACACACUCAUCCAGCAUCAGCAUCCGUCCUCUGAGACACUUAGAGGACGUGACAGCAGCUGUGUCAGAGCUCAGAGGUAAAGUAGAGGACGUUCUGAAGGACACCUGGACAGACAUCUCACCAGCAGUCACUCAGCCAGACGUUUUACUGUCAGAACCACAACCAGAACCAAAAACCAGAGAUGAGUUCUUAAAAUAUUCAAGAGAAAUCACUCUGGAUCCAAACACAGCACACAGAUAUGUGAUACUGUCUGCGGGGAACAGAAAAGCAACUUUAAGGGAACAAAAACAACGUUACCCUGAUCAUCCAGACAGAUUCACUGGAUGCUGGCAGGUCCUGAGUAAAGAGAGUCUGACUGGACGUUGUUACUGGGAGGUGGAGUGGAGUGGAUUAGGAGUUGUUGUAGCAGUCGCAUACAAGAAUAUCUGCAGAAAAGGAAACUCAGAUAAAUGUGAAUUUGGAAGAAAUGACAGAUCUUGGUCUUUGCGUUGUGGUGCCAACAGGUAUAAAUUUUUAUACAACAAUACUAAAAUGUAUGUCUCUGGUCCUCGGUCCUCCAGAAUUGGAGUCUAUCUGGAUCACAGAGCAGGUAUUCUGUCUUUCUACAGCAUCUCUGAAACCAUGACUCUCCUCCACAGAGUCCAGACCACAUUCACUGAGCCCAUACAUGCUGGAGUUUAUCUUUUCAGUGAUGGAGGUUGGUUGUUCAGCUCUGGAGCCACUGCUGAGUUCCUAAAACUCAGAUAGUUAUUCCAGCGUCUGAGGGUCGGUUCAUGUUCUGAUUUAAGAUCAUGCUCUACAGUUCAUUUCUGCGUUUGCAGCAUUAAUCAAUGAGAUGAUGACGGAACGGAUUGAUUCUUAAAGGGGAACUUCGUUUUUUUUUCAACCUGGGGUCUGUUUUCAUGUCAUUUCAUACAUGUGAGUGAUGGAGAAAUGAAUUUUCAACAUAGCUCCAGUAUUUAGCCAGGCAGGCAGCUUAGCAGCUCAGCUAGCAGCUCAGCUAGCAGCUCAGCUAGCAGCUCAGCUAGCGAAAAGUAUGGGGCAAUUAUCCCCCCGCGUCAAAGUCCGCCCUAACGUGCUUUUUCCCACACUGACCGGCUCAGAUAGUCUCAAAGAGUGUCCCACAACAUACUAGAGAUGAGAAGUGAACGAAAACCUCCACAUUACCUGGCGAUCGCUCUUUGUUGUGGUCUGUAUCCAAAUCUCAGGACGCUAGAAAGCAAAUCUUGUUCCGAAAUCGCGCGAUAGUUCGCGCCAAAACCGGUGUUUUGGAGCUGCCUGCCUGGCUAAAUACUAGAGCUGU